GCUUCUGACAAUGCCAGCUUGGGAGGCAUCAGCCUAGGUCUGGAAGAGAAAGGAAAACUGGACAGUUUGAUGGUGUCAACUAUCAACUUUGCAAAUAACCCUACACUGGUGGCAGAUAUUCACCUUCCCCAACUCUUCAACUUUUUCGAAGGCCUAGAUCAAUUUCAAGAUACUACAGCAACUGAAUCCACAGACUCCACAGUCAUCUGGAUGGACCAGGCCCAAGAAAACUCCAAAGUCAUCAGUGAGCCCUCUGACCAGGUGAGGAAGGAAGACCAUGAAGCCUCUGAGCUGAUUGAUGGAGCUCCUGAGGCCAAAAUCCAAAACUGGGAUUUAGUAGAGGGAGAGGGGCCUAUGACCAGUUUUGGGACCAGUGACAGGGCUACUGACAACAUGGCAAAGGACUUGGAGGAUAAAGCUCCCAAUAUAUCACCCAUUAGGCCCAGCAGAGCUAGGGGACAAGGGCAAGACAAGACCAAAUGGACCAGAGUAAAUAAUUCCAAGAAAACAGAGGAGCUUAUGCAGUCAAGGGACAGAGUCAGAGCUGAAGAGAAGCCCACAAUCUCUAUGUCCAAGAUAAAGAGGGAUCCACUUGAGCUCAACCACAACAGCUUUAAAAAGCCUCGAACUCACCUUGGCAUGCCCAUGCUGGACUCAAUGCAGGUCUUCCACCCACUGGGGAAGAAAAGUGAGAAGAAACCUGUCAUUGCAUCUUCCUGGGCUCUGAGAACUUUUAGCAGCAACAAAUAUUUUGGGACAGGCCCAGCCACUACAGUACUGCAGGAUAUGCCACAUGAGUGCCAGGGCCAUGACAAAACAACAGGCAAGGCUCAGAGGGCAGAGAGCAGUGCUUUAAAGACGUAUCCAUCUGAGUCCCAGUAUGAGCUGUCCCUACCUGGUAAGGUCAGGUUAGUAGCUCUGCCUUUCCCAACCCUGGACCAGCCUCAAGCCAGACCUGUUUCUGGAAAGCCCCUCACACUUGCUUCACACAGGCCCACUGCAGCUUACUCUGAGAGGUGUCAUUUUCACUCAGCUGAGCUUACCACACUCAGGCCGUCCCAACCACUUCCUGUCAGCAAAUCUUUGAUUGCUUCUGUCAAGGCAGCUCUGCCAGUUCCUUCCAGUGCCACACAACCUAAUGUAACCAACACCAUCCAGAUUAACACUGUACCUCAGUCAGAAACCUUGAGGCCUACAGCCUAUACAGCAUCAUCUCACACUUCCCUCCAGAGGGAGCUUCUUUCUGCUGCCAAGAACAAAGUGCCAUCAGCUCCCGAAACUCAAACUCAAUACCUGCUGCAAGACUUCAGCCACCAACCAAUUCCAUGGAGGAAAGUCGACAUUCUGGGACCAGUCACCUCACAGCCCAUCACAAAAGAGCAGAGGCCAGAGAGGGAGGCCAUGAAGAGGCAGGCUCAACAGGAACGUGAGAAUGCUGCCAAGUACACCUCUCCUGGGAAGCUUCAGAUUUUUCUUCAGAGGGAGAAGGAUAUGGAAAUUUCUCAAUAUUAUGGCUAUGCAAUGUAAGAGCUGCCCAGAUCUUUGUAACAAAUUGUUUCUUGGUGAGGACAAGGAUAAAUAUAGACAAUGAUACAUAUGUA